AAGAAGAAAAGAUUGAUUAAGUGAUAGAUCAUCAUCAUCAACAACAAGUGAACAUUUAAAUAAUAAUCAUACAAACGACGGUUAUACUAGUACAUCAACAUUACCAAUUUAA